AUGGGUGAUGCAAAUGCCUCGAUCCCAACAACUCAACCUGUUAUUUCAAGACCAAUGUUUGGUUCAUAUGGAUCAGCUGCAGCCAAAAAUUCAUUUGCAUUUGUUAGUCAAUUGUCAUUACUUGAAUCAACAGUACCACAUUAUGGUUUGAAGAAGAAGAUUGAGGCGGUGAAGAAGUGUAGAAAUAUUGGUAAAAAAGAUAUGAAAUUGAAUGAUUAUUUGCCAAAGAUAGAGGUUGACCCAGAAACUUAUGUUGUUAAAGCUGAUGGAGUUCCACUGGAUAUGGUUAUGACAAUGAUCAUGGCAGCAACGAACCCACAUGGAAGGGAUGAGUCCAACGUUGCAAUCAAAGAUAAAUGUUAUAAGCAUAUUGACUCAUCAAAGGUUUCGAUGGACGUCAAAAAUCAACUUUUUGAUAUUAUUAUUUUAAGGAUUGCGACGUCUAAAACUGUCCCAAUUCGCAGAAAAACUAUUCAAAUUUCCAUAGUUACGAUCCCUUAUGAUAAGAGUAAUAACAUUAAGGAAUUAUAUCAAUCAACAUUACCUAUUCGAUCAAAAUUGGUCAAACUUAUUGAGAAAUAUAGUCAGAAGAAAGUAUCAUAUCCACAGUAUCCAACCAAAAGUAGUAUAAUUGAACAGCCAACUUAUUCUACAACAAGAAGAGAUACAUUACCUCUUCCUCAAAUACCUGUGUAUCAACAAUCCAAUUCUAACGAAAUAAGUCAACUCCCACCACAACCACAACCAAUAAAAUCUGAUCUCAAUAUCACUUCUCAACAAAUUCCACAGCAAACUCAUUAUAAAUUGUUCUCAAAUACAAAUAAUCAAGACUCUUCGAGCUUGCUUAAUCAAAUCCCUUUACCAUAUCAAUCUAGCACACAAGAUAUUCAAGCUCUACAACAAAACAAUAUCCAGGCUCAAUUGCAACUGCAAGCUCAACUGCAAGCUCAAGAGCAAGCUCAACUGCAAGCUCAACUGCAAGCUCAAGAGCAAGCUCAACUGCAAGCUCAACUGCAGGCUCAAAAGCAGGCUCAAGAGCAAGAUAUUACAGCUGCUCUUCAGCAAGUUACUGCUGCUUUUCAACAAGUUCCACAACAAGCCUCACAGCAAGCUCCACAGCAAUCUUCUCUUCAUAACACACAAUAUCAACUACCAGUCAUUAACACUGCUAAUAUUAAUAACCUGCCAGGGCAGCAAAAUGCUUUUGAUCCAAAUCAACAAUCACAACCACAACAACCACAAGAAUCUUCAAUUCAACUAGCUUCUAUUUUACAACAGCAGCAGCAAUCAAUACCAUCACCAUCAUCAGUAAACCCACAUCAACAUCUAUUACAACAGCAACAACAACUACCACAAUAUUUAAAUAAUCAAACUUCAAGUAUGCCUCCUACAUUACAACCCCCAAAUAUACAAAAUUCUUCAGCAGCAUAUAUUAUUAUUCCAUAA